GCAUACCUCUGCUAUAAACAUGGCAGCUGCCAGAGUCAAUUUUGAUGUUUGGCUGGCAGAAAAAUUGACAUCUUUGAAUCCAGAGGUAGAUACUGAAGUUUUUGUGACCUACAUCAUUGGUAUCCUUGAGACAGAAACAGAUGCUGAUGACACAAAAGAGUCCAUUAUGGAUAUUUUGGGAGAAGUUUUGGAGAGUGAGCGGGAGUCAGUUUGUGAAGAAGUGAUACAAAGAUGGAACCAAGAACACAGUAAACCAACAGAACCAGAGACAGAUACAACUAAACUCGCAACCCAGUUGUCUGAUAUUCUUGUCAGUGAGAAUAAGAAGAUUGAGAGCGUGAAACCGAAAGAAAAGAGUGCUGAAGAGAUAGCCAGGAAAGAGGCCAUCUUGGCUCAGUAUGCUGCUGUCUCAGAUGGAGAAACAGAUGAGGAGGAGGAGGAAGAGUUGGGAGGGACUGACGGAGGAUUAGUGAAAAAUGACAAUGCUGAGGCAGUUCAAAGGGCUGUGCAGGAACAGCGAGAAAAGUCCAAACAGGAAUACGAGAAAAAGAAGGAGAAAGAUAAACAAGAUCGUGAAGUACAAAAACAGAAAGAGAAAGAAAGAAAAGAGACAGAGAAGAAACGAACACAGAAAGGAGAGAGACGAAGAUAACAGAGGUCUAUAGCUAGGAUAAUUAAUUGUUUAGUACUCUUUUUUUAUCAGUAUACAAUUAUACCGGUACACACUUUCAUGGCUGCAGGUGUACUUUUUUUGCUAAUGUGGAAAAAUGAAAUUUCAGUGGAAAAUUAAAACAGAUAAAUUGUAAUAUGUAUAUAGAUAUGAAUUACAUGUAGUAUAAUUAGAAAUAGGUUCACUUGAUACUUUUUUAUACCCCCUGCUUGAAAAGCGGGGAGUGUAUAGUGAUGGGAGUGUCUGUCCAUCUGUCUGUCUGUCUUUACAUCCAUCCAUCCAUUAUGCUUUGGGGUACCCAUCUCUUAUCCACAAUUCCUCUUAUACAGUACCACUGAAUAAAAUUUAAUGAGACUUUCAAAGAAUCUUUGUUACAUAAUGCCAUUGUGACCACCUAUUUUACCUUUUGAUCAGACACAUAUUUCGGGUUUCCUGUAGCAAAACAUAGACACUGCCAUUCUUUCUAUAAUAUUGAGGGUACCCAUCUCUUAUCUGCAACUUCUCCUAUUCCACUGAAUAGAAUUUAAUGAGACUUUCACAAAAUCUUUGUUACAUAAUGCCAUUGUAACCUCCUAUUUACUUUUUGAUCGGAUCAGGGGUACCCCUUUUUUAUCUGCAACUCCUUUUAUACCACUGAAGAAAUUUAAUGAUACUUUCACAGAAUUUUUAUUAUAUAGUGCAUUUGUGCACCUCCUACUUGAUGUUUUGAUUGGUCAGAUAUUUGGGCUUUCCCUUACCACCAAAUGGACUUUUCCAUUAUAAUCAUAUGGGAGGUGGGGGUUAUCAUUUUGUGAGCUCAGUGCUCACAGUACCUCUAGUUUAUAUUAUACAGAUUCAUAUUAUUUACGCACAUUUUUAUCUGGUUUAAUUUUCUAUUAAAAUGUAUAUUUUUUUCAUUUUUGAGUUUUAGCAAAAGAGAUAACAAACAAUCAAACAAAAACAUAAAAAAAAAGAAAAGAUUUAGCCUCUUUAGAACAUCCUGUAUAUCUUCACAAAUGAUUUGUCCUUUAGGAAUACAUCUACGUAUAUCUUGGUAAAUUGCAGUAUAUAAUGCACUGCAUUACAGAUACGUGUACCAGUAAGUGAAGUUCCAAAUAAAUAUUGAUCCAAGACUGUAUAAGAUUCUAAAUUUUAAAACUCUGACAAGUUCUUAAUCAAUGUUUUGAUUCUGUUUCAUUCUUUUGCAUUGACACUUAAAAAAUAUUUAACUUUGAAGAAAUAUUCCAUUGCUUUUUUGGUUGUACAGUACAAGCACAAUAGACUGUUUUAGAUUUCAGCAUCAACAUGGCCAUACUGCAGACAUGUAUCAGUUUAUGAAUAUGAAGUUUAGCAAUCAAUUCGUUUUACUUUUAGGAGAUACAUUGUAUUAUGCAGUACAUGUAAUUGGAAAGGAGUGGAUAUAAGCAGUUAUGAUUAUCACUGUUGUAAUUCAUAAAAUCACCUGGUAUUAAAUGAGUACACAAUGUUAUAUUUUUCUCUAUACAUGUAUCUCUGCAUCUGUUAGCUUGUACAACAUAAAUUUAUUGCUUUAUGCAUUGAGACCUGGAUUGUUGAAGUAAUUUAUAGGACAUUGUUGAAAAUAAAUACAUAUGACAUGUUU